GAUCAGACGGUGAAAAUGGCGUCCGCUGCUGCUAUGGAGAAGAUGCAGCUCCGUCGAAGCUACCAAAACUUGUGGCACAGUGACCUCUUGGGUUCCAUUAAAAAAGACACUCCUUAUUGCUGCUUUGCGGUUCUCUGUCCCCCAUGUGUAUCUUACAUACUUCGGAAACGAGCACUUUACAAUGACAUGUCCAGGUAUGUCUGUUGUGCUGGUUAUAUGCCCUGCAGCGGCAGGUGUUAUGAAAGUUCUUGUCCCGAAGUUUGCCUUGGCACUGAGGUUUUCUGUUGCUUUGGAAAUUCAGUGGCCUCUACUCGCUUUCUGUUGCAAGAUGAAUUCAACAUCCAGACAACUCGCUGCGAUAAUUUUAUUAUUGGGUUUAUGAUAUGCCUUCAACAAGUUGCAUGCAUAUUUUCCAUAGUUGCAUGCAUUGUUGGAAGUGAUGAACUUCGGGAAGCUUCUCAGAUUUUGAAUUUGUUGGCUGAUCUAGUUUAUUGCACGGUUUGUGCAUGCAUGCAGACACAACACAAGAUUGAAUUGGACAAAAGAGAUGGUGUGUUUGGUCCACAACCUAUGGCAGUACCCCCUGUUCAACAGAUGUCUCGCCUUGAUCAGCAAUAUCCUCCCACAGUUGGAUAUCCACCACCGCAUGAUGCAUAUGGACAGCCCUACGGUUACCCACCUCCUCAGGCACAAGGCUACCCCCCUCCGUCACAAGGCUACCCCCCUCCGUCACAAGGCUAUCCUCCUGCUUAUCCACCUCCUGGCUAUUCUAGGUGAUCACGUUUUCUGUGUUGCAUCUGAGUUUUCUGUCCAAAAUGACUAUUCUGCUGUGUUGCAUGUUACCAGUAAAUUUCCAAGUCUUGUGAUAUAUUUAACUGGGUUUCGAGUGGAGCUGCAACUUUUUAUGAGUGUUUACUUGCCAAUAGGCCAUUGUUAUAGUAGUAUAUUUGUGUGUUUUGUGA